UAGUGGAUAAACGGACUGUCCUCUAUGAUGGCCACCCUGGUCUCCACCUGUGGCAAAGGUGGAAAGCCCACAACCAAUAUUCAUCCCCAUGGCAGCCUGGGGAGAGAAUCAGAAGAAAGUGCCCUUCACAGGCAAAUGCCACCAAAGUGCCAAAAUCCCAGGGCCAAAUUCAAAGGUUCUGAAGGCUGUAGGUUGCAAAUUUCUGCUGUAGUCAAUUACGUGUCUACAGCACAGCCACAAAAUGAGUUAAACCACUGCAACUCUACAUGUAGGUGGGGCCUGCAGCUGGACGUAGAAAUGCGGGCCUAGUCUUAGGAAAUAUUUAGCCUAAAUAAACACUAUUCCCCUGGAAGUGAGGUUAUUGUUUCAUCAACCAUAAUGCCUGUCAUGUCUUCCACAGGAGGAGAAAACCUGCUGGGUGCCUCAGUUGCUAUUAGUAUUAUCCAGUAGGAAGUCUGUACAAUUCGCUAAGGAAUGUCAUUCUUGUCCAGGAAUUCAGGCACAGCCACAUGAAGAGGAAAUGAAGAGUGAAAACAAAACUUCUUCAACAGACUUCAUUCUGCUGGGACUCCUAAGCCAGACCAAUGUACACAUAUUCUCCAUGGCCAUGAUAUUCUUAGCCUUCAUCGCUGCCGUGUCUGGGAAUGCUCUCCUCAUACUUCUAAUCCAAGUGGAUUCCUCCCUUCACACCCCCAUGUACUUUUUCCUGAAUCAGUUGGCCUUCAUGGACAUCUGUCAGAUGCUGAUUGUGGUCCCCAAAAUGCUAGCUGACUUCCUGACCCCAGGCAACCCCAUUUCUCCAGCUGGCUGUGGGGCUCAGGUUUUUCUCACACUGACAAUGGGCAUAUCAGUGUGCCUCCUCCUGGCAGUCAUGGCUUAUGACAGGUACAUAGCGAUCUGCAACCCCUUGCAGUACCCCAUCCGCAUGAGCAGGAACAUCUGCUUUCUUUUAGCAGUUGGGGUCUGGAUGGGAGCAUCAGUAAACUCCUUGAUUCACACAGUGUUUACACUGACUCUUCCCUACUGUGGCUCAAAAGCGAUUGACCACUUCUUCUGUGAGGUCCCAGCCCUGCUCAAAUUGUCCUGCUCUGAUACCUCUCGAUAUGAGGCUCUGGUGUUUGUGAGUAGCAUUGUCCUGGUCCUCAUCCCUUCUUCUAUUAUACUAGCCUCUUACGCUUGUAUCCUCUCCAGGGUCCUGAGGAUGAAGUCAACCAGACAGCAGAAAGCUCUGGCCACCUGCUCCUCCCACCUGACUGUGGUGGUCAUGUUUUACGGGGCAGCCACCUUCAUGUACAUGAGACCCAGCUCCUACCACUCCCCAGAGCAAGACAAGAUUGUGGCUCUCUUUUACACCAUUGUCACCCCAGUACUCAAUCCACUCAUCUACAGCCUGAGAAACAAGGAUGUCUUAGGAGCCCUAAAAAAGCUGAUUGGGAAAUGCAGAGUCUUCCAGCAAAGUUGACAGAAGCUGUAAUUUCUUAAGAACUAAGUCUCAUUAAAAUGAGAUGUUUAGAGCAUUUAAAAGGAAGUUAAAUUUUCUCAGUUACUUAACAGCCAGUGCCCUACUGAGAAUCACAGGCUUUUGGACUCUAUCACUUAAACGCUUAGAAAAGCACUUAGAAAAACAUUUGAGGAAGUCCAGCCCACUUUCCCAGUUACAAUUGUUUUCCUGUUGCAGGAUAUUUCACCAAAUUAUUGCAUACAGGAAGACUUGAUGGGGGAUUGAAAGUUUGCAUUUCCCUUAUGCUGACCCUCUGCAGAAGGCCCAAAGCCUCCUGCAGGAUAUGAGUCAAGUGGCAGGCCACCAAAAAUGAUCCAGGCCCUGGGAGCCAAGAUUUAUGAGGAAUGAUUGGAAGUAGUGGGGUUAUUUAGCCUGGAGAAGAAAAGACUGCCAGGAGGUUUUAAUAACAGCCUUCAAAUAGCUGAAGGGUGACUGGAGGCAUGAUAGAAAUAGGCUUUUCUCUGAGCUUAGUGGGGACAGGACUAGGAAGAAUGACUUCAAGCUGCAGCAGAGCAAAGUUGGGCUGGAGAAUAGGGGGAACUAGCUGACUUUGGGACUGGCCAGGCAUUGGCACAGGCUACCUAGCGAAGCUGAGGUGUCUCCAGGCUUGGAAACGUUCAAGAGGAGGUCGAAUAGACACUUAACUGGGGAGACUUAAUUAGGGGUGAUCCUGCUUUGAGCAGAGGGCUGGACUAGAUGUGACCUUGUGAGGUUCCUUCCAGUCUAACUUUCCUAUGAUCCUAUGAGUCUAAGUGCUUUGAUGCACUGUCCCAACAACUUUUAAGAGCACAUCCUACUUCAACUGGGUCCCUGUUUUUAUUCCUUGUUCCAGCUCAUGGGAGCUGCCUACUGGCAGGGUGGGCUCCACCACAGGUGGUGAGGUGGGGACUAUGUCCCCCUGCCCUAGCAGCAGGGAGCUCCAAGCCCUCUGCUCUGACAUCGUGACUGGGGCCUAGGGACUGGUAGAUCCUUGUGUCCUGGCCCCCACUCUGCCAUUGGACUGGGGAGUGGGGGCUGGGAGACCCUUAAAUCCCAGCCUCAGCUCCAUGAUGGUGAAGCCAGUGCUGGGAUAUCCUUAUCUCCCGGCCUGAGCUCUGUGGUUGUGGGGCUCAGGCUGGGAGAUAAGCAUCUUCCAGCACUGGGCCUGUGGUCGUGGAUCCAGUGCUGGGAGCACCUCACUGACGGGGAUGGGGAAACUGUUCCCCUCCCAGGUCCACAAGCAUGGAGUUGGGCAGGGAACAUGUUCACUUGUUCCCAGCUCAGUUCUGCACUCACAGAGCUGGGUGGGGAAGAAGCCCCUCAGCCUGUCCCACCCCCCAGCUCUGUGCUGAUGGACCUGAAUGAGAAACACUCCCCCAGGCCUUUUCCUUCCCUCCACCCCCCACCCCAGCUCUGGGCUUACAGAGCUGAGUGGGGAACAAGCUGCACAGCAUCCGCCUGGCAUGCAGGGUGGGGGCUGGGAACUGUCUUGGUCAAGGACAGGUCCUAGCAUCAUGCCCACUCAGGUGAUAGAGGCACGGGGCUUGGAAGGA